AUGCGUUGGCUCUCAGAUGUGUUAGUCGGGUACGACGAAGAUUCAACGGCGUUCAAGUACCUCGUCCGAAAUGAGAUCAUUGAUCAACUCAGGGCCAGAGACAUCAAGGCUAUCAGGACGAGUGAGCGAGCGAGUAUAAGAACACGGCCCGGUGGCAAAUGGGGGGAUCGUCUCGCGGAUCUCGAAGCAUUUGAUAAUGAGAACGAUGCCAUUCUCGAUGCCUGGAUAGGCUCUUACGCACGGGACCAGUCACUAUCACAGGAAGAUAACAUUGGGGCAGCGGCCGAUAUCCUCCAAGAACAGUUCAUAAACUACCACACAGACAAUGGCAUACACCCACAUAGGACCCGGCCGGGAACUUUAGACAAAACUCGACAUAGGAUACCAGACUUCUUAGUGGGAUUUUCCGAUGCUGAAGGCGCAGCAGUGGCAGAAAAGUGGCGCCAAGAGAUGGGAAAAGAAAUCGAGCAGCAGAAGGAAGAUGAACUUAAGAGAGAAGGGCGGGAGACGGACCCAAAUUGUGUGAAAUUUGAUCAUGGGAAGCCCAUAUAUCGAACGUGGACUUGUGAAUCUGAUUCGACUGUCAACGUCCGGAACGUUAAGCUGUCAGAUUACCGCCUCCCAGCUGAAUAUAUUAGUGAUUACCUUGCUGAUCAGCAGGAUAUAGAACUGCCGAACUUGUACAAAUGGUUCAGUGCCGAGAUACGCUCGCCAAUCCUGGACUACGACCACGUCAAAACCUUUCCGUCAAUCACUGAGGUCUGCGCGGCGCUUCAAGAUACGCUACGCAUACACAAGCCAAUGUCAGCCGUGGGAAGCGGACUCCAUAUACACAUUGGGCAGGAAGCAGGAUGGAGCCUGCUAACGCUAAAGCGCUUCGUCACUCUCUGGUUGCUCCUAGAGGCGAGUUUUGAACAUCUGCACCGGAUCGAUCGAUCUCAGCCGGCCACGAACACCUACUGCCGUCCCCUGCGGAUAUACAGCUACCUUGCUCAAUCUAUGGAAGAAGAAAACAUAGAUGCAUACGCACAAUAUCAAUCUACUCCGAAUUCGCAAGGUUAUCGUGAACGGAAGGAUGUGUUUUCGCGGCAUGUGCCAGAGCGCAGUGUUGUGGCGGACAUUUUCAAUUUACUCCAAUGUGUCUGGCAUUACGAGAAUAUCUCUCACCUGGUUGAUGCUAUGGGAAUGUCUGAGGUUGGUGACAAGGGCGGCAGUAGUUGCGUGCGAUUCCGCCUCAACGGAGACGAAACUACCGACCGCGCAUCGGCCAGCUGGACACAGACGAUUGAAUUCGGUUUGAUGCAAGGCACACUGGAUGCCAACCAUAUCCAGCGCUGGAUGCGGAUCUGCCACCGACUGGUUGUAUUCUCCAGAGACACCACCCCUGCCGCUUUCACCACGGCCGUGCAAGCGAUUGGAGGUGGAGGAGCGACCAGUCCAAAUGAUGUCGCACGCGCGCUGGGAUUCGACACCGCGGACCUGCAAUGA